GUUUCGAUUGUACCGUGCAUAUACUACCUUAUACCAUGGGAACCAGAUGGAACUUGACGGGAUUGCUGGCCCUGAUAUUUCUGGCAACUCUUCAGAAGCCCACGGAGGCCAUGAGGAUGCGGGGGGAACCGCUUCCGGGUUUGGCCAAUAUCAAUAAGCAUCGCUCGAGCGAAGUUGUCCCCGAAGGUCGCGUGGCAGGGGGCACCACCGCCACCGAGGGCAAAUGGCCCUGGAUUACGACCAUCCAGAAUGUAUACUCUUAUCACCUGUGCGGUGGCAUGAUCAUCGACAAGGAAUGGGUGCUCACAGCGGCCAGCUGCGUGGCGGGCUUGAGAGCCAGGAACAUACUAGUAGUCACCGGAACCUCGGAUUGGUGGGAUCUGUAUGCCGCCUACUAUACCGUGGACCAGAUCCAUGUCCACUGCAACUUCGAUAAGCCUUUGUAUCACAAUGAUAUAGCCCUUUUGCAUCUGUCAUCCCCCAUCGAGUUCAACGAUGUGACCACGAGUAUAACCCUGGCGGAUAUUGAUGACUUGCAGGAGGGCGAAAAGUUGACCUUUGCCGGCUGGGGCAGCACAGAGGCCAUGGGCACCUAUGGGCGGUAUCUGCAGGAGUCCUCGGGAACCUAUCUUCCCGUAGAACCAUGCCAGGAGAAACUCCAAAACUAUGAUGAUGUGGAUCUGGGUCAUGUGUGCGUGCAAAUGGAGGCGGGCAAGGGCGCUUGUCAUGGCGACACCGGCGGUCCACUCAUCGAUGAACAGCAGCGCCUGGUGGGGAUCGGCAAUUGGGGCGUGCCCUGUGGUCGUGGCUAUCCGGAUGUGUAUGCGCGAGCCGCCUUCUACAACGAUUGGAUCCGCACCACCAUGAACGGGUGUACAAUCGCCUAGUCAUUGGACACCUCUUAUCUGUGCACUGAGGGAAAAGGCAUUUUUCAAACCGACAGUGGAUUUUUUCUUAUGUAUAUUGAAAAGAAAUAUAAAACAUGAUUUAUUAA